AUGGUAGCAACAGGCACGAUGCUGCUAGCAUACUUCAAACAUAUUUGUGGAAUGUUUAGCAUUGCAAGUUUCCGUAUUAAGAAGGCAAUGGCAAUUAAUAUGCAACAAGAUGUUAAUAAAGAACAAAUGAUUAUAAUUUAUAAAGGAAUAAUCUGUGCGAUAGACAUUCAUCGCAAAGCUACAGAGUUUUCUCAAGAUUUUCUAAAAAAUUUUGAAGGAUCCUUCUUCUGUUUAAUAGCAGCUGGUAUGAUUUGCUUAAGCAGCACUCUUGUACAAAUCAUAUCAUGUAAUAGCAUAGAGCAACUUGGAUUACAACUUAUAUACAUAUGUACUAUCUACUUGUUCAUAUUUUUGUCCAAUUAUAACGCACAAGAUAUUACAGAUCACAAUGAAUACGUAUUUGCUACAGUAUAUAAUGUUGAAUGGUAUGUGGCACCGUUACACAUACAAAAAAUGAUGUUAUUUCUACUGCAAAAGGGUACAAAGGCUUUUUAUUUGAUCUUCGGUGGAAUAUUCAUUCCGUCUAUGGAAAGUGCUGCUACGUUGAUGGGUACUUCAAUAUCUUACUUCACUGUUCUCUAUUCUACAAGUACGAAAUAA